GGAAAAAAGUCCCGCGUAAUGACAACCGCUAGCUGAAGAUAAAUCGUUUUCGAGAAUUCCAGUGUGGGAAGAUCAUCAUGGACCUUACUCCAGAAAGUAAAGUAAAUGAAGUCGAUAACGGUGUUUGCAAGAAAGAUGCCUUCAACAAUAGCAAUGACGUUACAUGUAUGCAAUAUCUUUCAAAAAUGGCUGCAGUGGACAUCGAGUUUAAUGACGUGACAUAUUCAGUACCAAUUCCUCGACAAGAACCAAAGACGAUUCUAAAAGGACUCAACGGGCAAUUCAAGUCAGGCGAGCUGACAGCGAUUCUAGGUCCUUCCGGUGCUGGAAAAUCGACAUUACUCGACAUUCUUGCUGGAUACAGAUGUACUGGCAUAGGUGGCUCGAUAAAUAUUAAUGGACAAUUACGAAACAUGCAUGAGUUCAAGAAGAUUACGUGUUACAUCAUGCAAAACGAUCUUACACAACCGAAUCUCACGGUUUUUGAGGCAAUGUCAUUUGCCGCCGACUUAAAGCUCGGUAGAAGAAAAUCGAAAUCUGAAAAACGCGCUGCUAUAGAUGAGAUCUUAAGCACACUUAGAUUAACCAGAACGCGAGAUACAGUCACAGAUAGACUCUCCGGCGGUGAAAGAAAGAGGCUAACAAUUGCACUCGAGCUCGUAAAUAAUCCGCCUGUUAUUUUCCUUGAUGAACCGACCACCGGACUGGACGAGCUCUCCUCUUCCCAGUGUAUCGAUGUUCUCCAGAGGCUGGCGCGUUUCGGGCGGACCGUUAUAUGCUCGGUGCACACGCCCAGCGCGAGCACAUUUCAGAAAUUCGAUCACAUUUACGUUGUCACCAACGGACAAUGUGCUUAUAGAGGUGCCACGAGCAAUGUAUUGCCGUUCUUACAAAACAUAGGCCUAGAAUGCCCGAAACAUUACAACCCAGCGGACUUCCUAAUAGAAAUCUCGACGGGUGAUUAUGGUCUUGAUUUGGUCGAACUGAUGGUGACAUACGUCAACAUGAAACUACCGUUACUUCCCAUUUUUCGAUCAAAGAGCGAGUUUGAGUUCGAUAAAAAAAACCCAAAAACCUCGUGGAUUGAUCAAUUCGGCACGUUAGUGAAGAGAAUGGCGAUGCAGAUUUAUCGAAAUAGAAAUUACAUGUACCUGAAGAUAUCGUUACACAUCUUCUUAGGGAUAGUGAUCGGUGGGAUGUUUUUUAAUAUGGGCAACGACGGCUCCAAGGCUCUCUUCAAUUUCGGUUUUUGCUUUGCGUGCCUGAUAGUUUUUUUGUACAUACCUAUGCUACCAGUACUGUUGCAAUUUCCUUCGGAAAUUCGGAUAAUGAAGCGGGAACACUUCAACCGAUGGUACGACCUUAGCGCGUAUUAUUGGGCCUUAACUGUAGUCAAUAUACCUUUACAGACAGGUUUCGCAAUUUUAUAUCUCUCAAUGGUUUAUUUCAUAACGGGACAACCUCUGGAAUUGUACAGAAGCUUCAUGUUCUUUAGCACUUGCUUCAUGUGUGCCUUUAUCGCGGAAAGUAUAGGAUAUAACAUCGCUAGCGUAUUUAAUGUCGUGAAUAGUAUAUUUACCGGACCCGCCUUAACUUGUCCGUUAAUGUUAGUCGCGGUACAAGAUUUCGGCGAUCCGAGACCUCUUCCUCUCUACCGGACGAUUCCCAUGUACAUGAGCUACAUUCGGUACGGACUAGAAGCUCUCACAACAGCUAUGUACGGCCACGGUAGACAAAGACUAUAUUGCCCACCAGAGGAAGUUUACUGUCAUUUUAGCUCGCCUAAGGAAAUCUUGCGAAUUAUAGGACAAGAAACACCUCCGAAUUUCUGGUUCGAUCUAGCCGCUCUCUUCGUCAUUUUAUUUAUUUCUAAAGGAAUCUUAUAUUAUUUGCUGAGGCAAAGAGUGCAACCAAACAAAACUUUCCAGAUGCUUCAGAUAAUUGGAAAACUCAUGAAGAGUAAUUUUAUGUGAUCGUUAGUUAUGUGUUUCAGUUUCAUUUGUAUCGUGACGUGUUGACAUUAUACGCGUUAAGCCGUAAUCACACUAUAGACUCCCGACUCUAACU